AUACGUUUUAUAGCCCCUCUCGCAGUGGGCAGGAUCGAAUUUCCUGAACUGGAAGAGACGUAGCCAUGAAAUUCGAAGCCCUUUUCGAACAAUCUUUAUGGUCUUUAAACGUGCCAAGAGAGCGAUUCGAUUCUGGACUUUUCCUUUUUGAUUACUUUUCCGUCGCAUUAAAUGAUCGUCUUCCUUCCACCCACUCCCACGAAUGAUCAAAGAAUCAAUCCAAAACAGGAUUCACAGCCGAAGAAAAGUACCUUCUUUCCAAACUAACAAUGACUAAGUGGCAAUGUUGGGUCAUCUGGUCGAUUCUAAGUCUCCUUCAAGCUCAUCCUUCCCAAGCCAGAAGUGAUGGAGCACCUUUGGAAGCUUGUGACACCAUGAUUCCUGGACAUCAAGACACUUCUCCAAAACCAGGGCAAUCCGCUCUCCACGAGGUCUCUAUUGCAAAAGGUCUUGAACCCGGUGCGUUUAUCAUAAGUCUACACAGUGCUGCCAAUGUGCCAUUCAAGGGGUUCUUCAUUCAAGCCCGCAAUGUGGCCAAAAAUAACUCCGAAGCCAUUGGCACGUGGGAUAUCUCCAAUUUGAGUGGUGUGGCCCGCACCGCCAAUUGUUCAGGUCAGCCUAAUUCAGCUGUGACCCAUGUUGACAAUCAGCUAAAAACCAGUGUGACGUUCACGUGGCAAUCGCCUAGGAAAUAUACUGGCAGAGUUGUGUUUGAAGCGACUGUGGUUCAGGACUUCCACAACUAUUGGACUGGAAUCCGAUCCUCUGAGCUCCCCCUAUUGGCUGGAAUCAGUCAAAGUGGGUUUUUGGAUAUCAAAGAACCCACAGCGCCGAAGGCCAUGGCGGUUAAUGUGGAAACUACUGCACCCACCCCUAUUAAUCGACUUCCUGGCCCUGUGGAAUCUGCUCAGACUAAAAAUAACAAUACCAAACCUCUCAAUCACCACGAUCCCAAAACAAUGGAGCAAAUCGGCUUGAACGUGACGGAAAAACAUUUUCAGUCCGGGGGAAAGGUCAUUUCCUCUGAGGUUGAGAAAAUUGUGGUAGUGUUUGUCACCCUUGCUCUGAUAAAAUGAGACAGGAAUCAACGCUUGUAGAGAGAAUAAUAAGAACAGUGAUCUUUCUGACAACAUAAACUUUUGAGCACAG